AUGUUUCGACCCGAAGACCAGCAAGUUGAAAUAUGUUUACUCAAGUCGAAUUUAGAAGAAAUCGAAAAUGAGUUAGUGAUUCAGCGUUCUGCACUACCAGCAUUGGACGCAGAAAAUGAACAAAAAUAUAGAGAGACUAUGACUGCGCUGCGGGUCACCCGCUCAAUGAACACUGAAAUUGAACGGCUUAAACUUGAAAAUGUACGAUUGACUGCGAAACGUAUGCAAUUGAAGCGACAAAGCGAUGAUAUUACUAAAAGCUUGGAACGGGCACGGGAGGACCAAAGUGAACUUGCAAAAUCCGUGAAACAAGAAGCGCAGGAAACAGAACUUAUCAUACGUCAGUAUGAAGACUUAUUGGAAGAAAUAUCAAAUAGGUUCAGAAACACUCGAGGAUAUUACAAUGAAGAAGAAAUUAAUAAGGAAACUGAAAAUGUUAAUUCAACAAUAAUACAAUUAACGGAUGAAUUAGAAAAGAGACAAUGUAUGGUAAACGAAUUGAAAUCACAGCUGAGUAUGAUUCAACCAGCUGUACCAGAAGACAUCCUUACAAUAUUUGGAAAACAAGAAUUAGAUAACAAAGUACAGGAACUUUCUGAAAAGUUAGAAGCGUUGAUUGAAAAACGUAAAAUUCUUCUACAAAAUCCAGAGUGACUUAUGAAUUCGACACAUCUAAUAUAAGAUUUUUUUCAAUUCCUUUGAUAUUUCCAGAAAUUGUAUUCUUUAAA